GAAGAGAGAUGGACAGACGGCCAUUCUUUUUGCUUUUGAUUUGCUACACGAACCCAAUGGGAUAUUGUUUAUUCCUGUCAAAGACCGGAUGAGAAGGAUGGUCAGCUUUCAACUCGCCUCUUCCGUGUUCCCCUCUUCUCAAGACUCAUGCGACCGGCUCUUCUUCGAUUAUUGAAGAGGCCAUCCGCUGUCUCGGUUCUCGACUCUCUGAUAUCCACGCCCGUUGGAAUCGAGCAUCUGGAGUCUAGAUACGAAUGCCUACGGUGCAGCUCGCGGAAAAUACAUCAAAACGCAGUUAUCAAGGAAAUCGAACCAGAAUUACCCGCUCGCAGGAAGCCUGCAUGUCAACCCCAGGCACCGGCCGACCGGUCCUUCAGCUUCCGUGUCCAUGACAUAGAUUCUUCGCCAAACAACGCAACGGACAAUAAGACGCGUACCCGGAAAUCUUCACGAACCCGAACAACUGCCGUUGCUGGAAAUUUGGCAGAUGGCCUGGGGUUGCAGCCAGAGAAACUAGAGUUUGAGUCGGAUGUUGGACAUACAAAUGACUUUGGAACUCGCUUAGUGGAUCAUCCACUUCAUCAAUAUGAUUUCGCUCUUUGGGAAGAGCUUCUUCGCUAUCGACAACGACAUUACGGGGAUAAAGGGACAUUGGAUAUAUGGGAGGGUUUGUCUGUCCGCGUGGAUUCAGUGCAGUUUCCUGUCCACGGCGAAGGGGCAGAUCUCUUUUGGAGAAGCUUUGUGAGUGUAGGACUGAAACGGGAGGUUUUUAUGGAAGAACUAGCGGCCCAUGCACUCGAUAUAUGGAAACAAACAGGUAAACGCUGGGACAAGUUUUAUGAGAGUGUGGUGGGAGGGUAUCUAGAACGUGGUAUGGUUCAGCAGGCAGUUGAGUGGCACAAGAAGCUCCAACAUCCUCAUUUGGCCCAUGCAAAUGAUAUAUUGCGCAUCUUGGAACCGGCUGCCUCCCUUCCGUUCCAUCGCAUUGUCAAUAGCGCCGUACUGGCCAAGGAAAAGAGGAGACCAGAUAUGUCCCCGGGUGUGCGAGCUUUCCAGCAUAUAUGUCAAACCGUUGAAGGCCACCAAAUAUAUGGAUCUGUUAUCUCGACUCUACUACAACAUGGCAACGCUGAUGACGCACUGUCGAUGCAUUUGUUUCUUGUUGAACGAAAUGACCACCCACAUACCUAUGAGGAUAUGCAGCCAUUGUUCGAAUACGUCAAGGAAUAUGAACCAUGGUAUUAUUUCAAGGAGCUAAGAAAGUAUUCCAAACAUCGAUUCGGGAUUCAGACCAACCCCAGCGACUUGGAUACAAUGACAACAAAGACACAGCCAAGCGUGAAUGCGGAAUCUUGGCCGGAGGAAAAGCCUUUCAAGGAUGAAUUUGGGGCUCGACUAUUCGCCACUAAUGCAUUCAAUUUCGAAAUGAUUUUAGCGGGGCUAAAGAUGUUUGGAGUGCCAGCAAUUGGACCGCAGUCACUGCGUGAGAUGGCUGCUAGAGCCGAUGGAGCCCAGGAUAUACUGGACAAACUCCAAAUGCUCCAGAAAGCUGGCAUCGCGUCGGGAAAUACUGUGUUUGCACGACUUAUCCGCAAGCUUGCCACAGAGAACCGAGAAAUUCUUCUGUCCGAUUUACUUCGCAGUGAUCAGCACCCAGAGGUGCUCGAAGAUGCAUCCAUGCAAGAAUCACUCUUGGUAUCACAUUACUUAACUCGUGACUGGCGCCAGUACAACAUGACUUUGGCUAUUCUCGCAGAGCUUUCUGAAGAAGGGCCUCAGUUGUUCAACAUCCAUUUUCGGAAACAUAUUGCAGCUGGUGAAUGGAUUUUUGCAACCAAAGUAGUGGAUCAAAUGGCCCUGCAAGGCAAGACUUUGACCAAGGACAGCGUGGAUUUCAUGGUCGAGCAUGCCCUCACCCCGCGCAGAAGAGGUAUAGGUCCAGUUACAGGACCCGGGCUCAAUCCCAUCGCAGAAGUGACAUUUGUUUUUCGGGUUCUACAACGUGUUGUCCCCAUGGGUAUAAUUGUGCCCUCUGAGAUAUGGGUCGAAUUGCUAAAGCGACUGGGAAUGACCAACCAUUGGGAUGAGCUUCGAGAGUGCUGCCUGUGGCUUGUCCGACACUAUUCGUCCUCGGCAAACCAGGCUCGUGUUCCCUGGACUGUUUCCUCAUCCAAGGAUAGGUCUCGGGCUGAAAAGAACGCACUAUCUCGACCUCGUGGCAGUCGCGUCCUUGACAGCAUUUUUCCCCCGUGGAUGCAGGGUGCCAUUGUUGCAUGGGGAUUCAAGAUGCGAGUCUCACCUAAACUUGAUAAGGUGUACAAUCAUCCUGAGGUAGCAGGGGAGAACCUAGUUAUUUGGGUGAGAGGGCUGGUCCUUCUCCGUGAGAUGGAGAAGAAUGGGCUUCACCUGUCGGAGGAAAGGAUUCGUUGGAGUUGCCGACUCCGCUUGGCCACUCUCUUUUCACGGCCUCGACUUUCCAGCCGAAUUCAGAACCGCAUGCUGCGACGCGAGAAUCCCUACGAUGUGAGACGGGUCAUUAACGAUAUAGUCCGUGUCUGGGGAGAACCAUCAUUGUUCCAGGGCGAAGAAGAUACCGACCAAUAUGGACUGGUGAAUCCUCGAUGGUCGGCAUCUUCUGUACAGCGAUACCAGCGCAUGUUGUCGGAAUUAGCCAACAUUCGCAGAGUGAAAUACCGUAACAGGCGGCGUGUAUUAUAGAGCAUAGAAUGUAUUAUAACGAUACCAUAUAUAAUUAUCAAUGAGUU